AUGGGCCUCCCAUUAUUCAUUGCCCCCGUCGAGUCAGAUGUCCAGUCUAAGACUGCCGACAAGUGCAGUGCGACAUCGCCACCCCGCUCCAGUAUCCGUCGCACACGUAUUGAACGCCGCGCCGCAGCCCUCCGACGCAUUUCCCUCCGUGAGCGCCUCGCAGACGGCUCACUACAACAAUCCAGCUCUUUGACCGACCGAGAUGGCCAGUCCGUACCGUGGAUUGAAGCUGGGUUCCCACCUGACAGCGACCCUGCGACAAGGCCGUUGCGCGAUGUGCUAAGAGACAUGAAUGCAUCCGACGAGCCUAGAAGAGGCCGAAUUGAAGAGCAUCUACACUCCUUAUUUAGAGAUAACACCAGUGCAUCUGUACCUGGUCAAAAUCCAUAUGCUCCUCCAAGUCACCAGAGAUUUCACUGGCCGGGAUCUGCGAUGACAAGGCCAGUGCCUCCCCGACCAGUUCCUGAGGAUGACGAGGGUCCAAGGCUUCCCCCGAUCUCGUUGCAGGUUUCGUUGCGCGAUCUUUCGGCUGACGGCUUUCGUUCAACGGUAGUACCGCAACCGCGACUGCGCAGUCGGUACGCCGAUGGGCUUGGUGACCGUGAAAGAAGCAUCAGCGCCGAGCCAUGGGAAACUCUUCUGUCUACCCUGACCCCUGAUCCUCAGCCGCCCAGCGCAGGGUCUUCGUUUGCUUCGAACAUUGCUUCUCAGAGCGCAGGCGUCAUGGCUGGCGACUCUUUUCAUGCCCCUCAUGUGAAUCUGGAUACAACAGUAGACCAAGCCUGUGAGUCUGGCUGUGAAGGCUCUGAGACAGAGGAACACGAUCAUACUCAAACUGUAUUGGAUCGAAUUCGACGACGUCGAGAGGAGAUGCGACGUGUUCGCGUACGGGUGCCCGAUCUUAGCAUUGAUGGCCCUGCGGGUAGAAGGGCUGCUCGAGACAGGGAUGCAGUCACUUGGGGACCGAGACCCCGAAGAUCCGCAGAUGGCCCAGCGACCGACAACUUGAGACGUGCCAGAUCGAUUCGAGAUCGCACAAAUCGAGAUGGUAUUCUACGAUCGCGUCAAGCCUGGGUGGGACAUCUGUCUGUAGGCAACUCGGAUGACGAACAACCCUCAGAACGAACAAGACAUAACCAAGAGAGCCCUGCAGCAUCUGGAAGCACCACGCAUGCUGGGGACGAAGACUGGAUGAGCAUGCAACAUAUUGUGCGAAGCCUGGCGCGACGCGAGGAUAUCCCCGAUGAAUGGUGGGCUGGGGCUGGCCUCAGUCGAACCCUACCUGGUGAUGGGACGGAAUAG